CUAAUUUUGGAGCCAAGCAACGUUCAAGCAGCCACCUGCUCUUGCCUCUCACUGAGCUGCAGAUUCUGGCGGUGAAGGGACGGAGGCGGCGGCAGCAGCAGCAGCAGCAGCAGCAGCAGAAGCAGAGCGAGAGGGUCUGCUGAAGGAGCACAGUGUGACCGGGGGAGAAUGUCAGGGAGCAAGCAGCUACAGGACCUGGCACUCAUUAAAGAACUGGAGCUCAUCUUGGACUCCUGCACUCUGGAGCUCACACCGGUGGAUGAAGUCUGGCCCAACCUGUACAUAGGAAAUGUGGCUGUAGCACAGAACAGAAAAACAUUACAUAAGCUAAGCGUCACUCAUGUCCUAAACGCAGCACACUCCAAGCAGGGCAGCAUCGGUGACCAGAGCUUUUAUGGGGACACCUGUGUUUACUUUGGCAUCCCAGCAGAGGAUUCAGACCACUUUGACCUCAGUCAGUACUUCAAACCUGCAGCUGACUUCAUACAUGCAGCCCUGAAGAGCAAAGAUGGAAAAGUGCUGGUGCAUUGCAUCAUGGGUGUGAGUCGAUCGGCCACUUUGGUCCUGGUGUACUUGAUGCUGCGACAGCGUCUCUCUCUGAGAGAUGCUCUGAGGCACGUCGCCCAAAAACGAGCCAUUUACCCCAACAGGAACUUCCUGUCCCUCCUUCUGAAGCUGGACGAACAGCUGACACGCAAACGGAGGUUGUGUCCUCUUCUCUGACGUCCCUUUUUCUUUCUCCAUGUGUUACACUCCACUUCAACCACUACUGGCAGCAUCUGUAAAUAAUAGCUUGUCGUCAGAAUGAUGUAGUCGGAGCUGUGAGUCUGAAGGGACUUUUAUGUAUGUUUGUUUACUUUCAUUGCACAGCUGCUCAUGUUGUGAUUUUUUUCAGAACUGUAAAUAUCUAAUUACAUCACAUUCACACAUAGUGUUUCUUUCAGGUUGUUUUUCAUAUUCAGACUGUGUCUACUUUGUAAAUGCAGCUUUGUGAUUGCUGUAAUAUUUAUUAAAGAUAUUUUUGGUAUA